GAGUGGGGAAAGUGGGUGUCGCUCUCGUCGCUGUGUAGAAUAAUUUAUAUGAGACAAGGAAGGCAUUUUCUGACUGGUGGCUCUAUAGAAAACUCAACGACUCAAGGUUGGAGGACUCCUGCGCCUUGGUCUGUGAUAGGGGUCCCGUGAACGGAUUUGAUCUUUAUUUUCGACAGGUUGGACGAGUGCACGAGCGCAAUGUGGAAACAAUGUAUCAAAACAUGCAAUCCUGAACUCUUAAGUGGACAUAGAUCUCAACGCAUAUGAUGAUCAGUCUAUGGAGAGAAGAGCAGGGUGCAAUCUACCAAAGAAGCACCAAGGACUCCCUAUGUGUUGUUGUCUGAGAAAUGAUAACAAAUGAACGACUCGGAAAUGAACAUGGUUGAAAGGACCAGUAAAUUUCUGUUGAUCGUCGUCGGAUCAGUGUUCUUCAUGCUGAUUUUGUAUCAGUACGUGGCGCCCGGAGUGAUCAACUUCGCAUCCCCGCACGGGUACCUUCUGGGCGAGGAGGACAUGACUAUUUUCCCCACUCCGGAUCCCCACUAUGUGAAAAAGUACUACUUCCCUAUAAAAGACCUAGAACGCAAUAUAGAUUUCGAAAUAAAGGGAGAAGACGUGAUUGUGUUUCUACACAUUCAAAAGACCGGCGGGACCACAUUUGGAAGGCAUCUGGUCCAAAAUGUUCGGCUGGAGCUGCCGUGUGAUUGUAGACCGGGGCAGAAGAAGUGUACUUGCUACCGUCCGAACCGAAAGGAGACCUGGCUGUUCUCGCGAUUCUCCACCGGCUGGAGUUGCGGGUUACACGCGGACUGGACCGAGCUCACCAACUGCGUACCGGGAGUACUCAACAAAAAAGAGAGCAAAUCGAAAAAAUUGAGAAAAUUCUACUACAUCACUCUGCUGAGGGACCCUGUUUCCCGCUACCUAAGCGAAUGGAGACACGUCCAGCGGGGCGCGACUUGGAAGACUUCCUUGCACAUGUGUGAUGGACGAACGCCCACGCCCGAAGAGCUACCACCCUGCUACGAGGGCACCGACUGGUCAGGGUGCACACUGCAACAGUUCAUGGACUGCCCCUACAACCUUGCCAAUAACCGACAAGUCCGUAUGCUCGCUGACCUCAGCCUGGUGGGUUGCUACAACCUCUCCACAGUGCCCGAGAAGAGGCGUUCACAGCUCCUUCUGGAGUCGGCCAAGAAAAACCUACGAGACAUGGCUUUCUUCGGCCUGACAGAGUUCCAGCGAAAAACACAGUACCUGUUUGAACGCACUUUCCACCUCAAGUUCAUCCAACCGUUUAUGCAGUUCAACAGCACACGGGCGGCCGGCGUGGACCUGGAUAACGACACGAUACAGCGAAUAGAGGAGCUAAAUGAUCUCGACAUGAGGCUGUACGACUACGCCAAAGACCUGUUUCAGCAGCGCUAUCAGUACAAGCACAUGUUGGACCGUCGGGAGCAAAGACUACUUAGAGGCCAUGCAUCUUUCCAUAGCCCUUUCCGAGAGGAAGGAGCCGGGGGAGAGGGUACUGCACGGCUGCCUACCGAGGACUACAUGAACCACAUUAUCAACGGAUGGUAACCACCCACCCCUCUCCAGAGAGAGAGAAAGAAAAGAGAAACAGUAACAAGGAGAGGGGAAUAAAUAGGCCCAGGUGGAAUAUCCAUUCCCAGUCGGGAGAGGUCAACGUUUAGCACAGUUUCUCCCAUUGUUUGGUCGUGAACACUCAAUAUGAGCUGUCAUUUGGGACAACAGAACAUUCUGUUAAAAGAAAAAGGAGUCUGAGUGCAUUUUUCGAACUGCAGCAUAUCAUAGGCUUCUAUUAACAAAAGUUCUGGCAUAAUGAUGAUAAUACAUUAUUUUCCAAACGUCCAUCCAAGAAAGUUUCUCUGGACUAAGUGCUGCAGUGUUUCACAUAAGAGGAACUGAAGUGAAUGAACAGGUAUUAUAUUACCUGAGAAUUCCUGAUAUUCACAUGAAUAUCUGAGAAUCUAUGGACUUUCAUGAAAAUGAGAAAAGAUUGUUUUUUUAUAUAUAUAAAUAUGUAUAAAUCUUAGAUUACCUUUUUUAAAACCUGGUGUGAAGUGCAGCCAGUCACAAGUGAUUGAGAAAUUACUAACAGGUGUUGUGACAGAGUAUGUUUUUUUUUGUUUGUUUUGUUUUUUAAUAGAUACAUCUUAAUAUAUAACACAAGUUCUCCCUUGCUCCAUUGUGUUUUUAUCUUUUUGCCCUUUGAUUGUGUCAAACAGAGUCCCACAUGCCCUUAAGAUUGUGUUCAAGAGAAAGCAAGUCCUGACAGUCACAUUAACUCUGUUUUAAAACCUAGUGAGCUGAAUCCAGAGGCCUGGCAUGAAGUCUGUUCCAAAUGGAAGGUUACUUAAUUAUGCUGCCUACUAAGAUACCUUGUUUUGGCCUAAUUCAAAAGCGUCAUCUUAUGUAUCCGUCACAUACAAGAUAGUCCCAUCAUGGACUGCAAUGAGCUUGGUAAAAAAAUAAAUCCAAGAUGGAAGACGGAGUGAAACAAAUUUCUACUCAAUUUCAUGACAAAUUGGAAAAAAAGUACGAGAUGGCGAAAUUGUAAGAAAUCGUAUGAGUUGGCUUGUACAAAACGUAUGACUUCUACUGUUGUGUAUUACAGAAGAGAAAAAGCAGGGUUUUAAAGUAACUUUCUGAUGAUAUAAGUUUUACCCUGAACAUAACCAUAACCAUAAAGUGUAAAACCUACCCAAACCCUAAACCUAAUCAUGAUUUUAAGAGAAAAAUCAUGUUGUGUACCACGGAAGAACAAAAAUGCCGAUUUGGAUGGAGAUGAGGGAGUCAUAUUACGGGUUAUUCACAUACAUAUUUUUAUUGCACAAUUAGAAACAAAAUUUGUUGUAAAAGAAAGUGUUGGAUAUGAAGUUGACAAAAAUGUGAUGCGUGUAUUUUAUCGAUUUGAAAUUGUGUUUUUUUAUUGGCAGGUGUGUAUGUGAAUAAAAGUCAUACUUUUUCGUACAAGGCAAGUCGUACGAUAUCGUAAGAUUUCGCCAUAUCAUACAAAUUGUCUUCAGAAUAUUGGAAAUUUGAUUAGAAAUAUAUACAAAUAAAAGUAUUGAUAACAAUAGUUCAAAAGAUUAGAAAACUCACUAUUUUACCUAAAAUGUCUGUGUGCUGUGCAUAUUUAAACCAUUGUUCCUCUCAUGUCACCUGUAUUGGAAUACAUUUUUAGUCAAGUCUCCUAUGCGCUUCGCUUAAAGAGCACUGUCUGUCUGUCAUGCAGAGUUGUCCCCUAUGUAGAUCACUCCAGACCAGUCUCUUAGACCCCGUUUACACCUGGUAUUAAGAUGUGUUUCAGGUAAUCCGAUCACAUGUGGUCCGCGCUAAAUACAGGUCUAAACGGGUCUAAAACUUUUUGUAAUCGGAUAAAAAAAAAACACAUACGUAUCUGGUCAAAAACACAUGUAACCACAUCACAUUUGAUGUGUAAACACUAUCCGUCCUAAAUGCGUCCCGGACAGCAGUGAUGCGCCACCCCUCCCCUGUCAAUCAACCGCUGCACUAAAACAAGAGUUUAAACUUUGCUGGUUAUGAAGGCUUUAAAAGGAAAUAACCGUCUGCUCGGAAAAAAAUAAAUAAAUAAGCGGAUACAUACUCAAGCACAAGAUCAUCAUGGUUCUUCUUUAGUGUGUCUGAUAUAAACACAGAUGAGAAGCACGAACAACUGAAGCUCCUUUAAUAUAGGUUAUUCACUAAAAUAACAGAAUUCUGCUCAAAAUUUUGUGUUUGUGCUUAUAUUAAAUUUCAUCUGCAUUUGGGAGAAACAGUGCGCCGGUUUUAAUUGUGCUUUCUGUGUCUUUUAAGACUUUUUGCGGUUUAGUAUCAUGCAGUAACACACUGACAUAGUGAUUGCACACAAUGUCGUCAUGAAUUAGAGACCCUCCCCUCGAAAUUCAAAUACAAAUAUUUACAGGAGAUGCAUUCAAGCAACCAGGUGUUAACAUGGAUUUGUCUCGCCUGACCACAUGUGGUCGGAUCACCCGAGACGCAUCUUAAUACUAGGUGUAAACGAGGUCUUAGAGGUGCGCUCCAAAAUAUUCUUGUUUAUAUUGCGGAGGCACCUAGUGCUGUAGAUGAUGGAUCACGCAAAAUCGGACUUUCUAGGUCACCGAUGUCAUUUACUUUCAACCAUGAUUAAUUUAUUUUGCGAAUGAAAGCAUCCAGUUUGAGGGAAUUAUCAAGAUGAAAUGAGUAACAUUCGGCUGGCCAUAUGAUCUCCACAUGGAGGCACUCAUGAAUGUGCACCCAGUAUCAUAUGUAGAAUAAAGCAGCUAUUUCUCUAACGCUUGUAUGACGUCUUUAUCUCGUGAGUGUACAUAAUUUGAAUUUUUUUUAAAACACUGUUCUACUAUUAUUAUUUAUUUCUGUUGAAAAGUUUAGUAGCAACAAAUUACUGAGAGCACUUUUAAGAGGUUCAAUGUCAGUUAAAAUUCUGCCAUAGAAGGCAGCUCAUUAGGUUUUGGAACAGAUCCAUUGUAUCCAACUGUCAUUUCUGAUACCCAUUAAACCUGUACCGACUAUGUCCUCUUGUACAAUUAUUUUUUAAGCAUGUGCUGAUUUAUACAGUGUGUACUGUAUGUGUUUGUUUUUGCACAUUUACAUUUGCUGUGAGAUUAAUCAUUUUACCCAUAAUGCAAUGCAGUAUGCCCUACACAUUUUGCAUCUAGAAUUAUUUACCUUAAAUGAACAAAAUUGUUUGAACAGCGCUCUUAUUUAUUCAUUGCUUAUUAUGUUUCAUGCCAUUUGCUCUUGUUAAUUGUAGAGUUCAGGAACAUAUCGAAUGUGUUAAUUGAACUUGCACUGAGCAUGUUGGGGCCUGACAUCUCUCACAGAUCUUGUUUGAUUCUGCAUUUGUUAUGGAUGUCUACAGAGGCUCCUUAACUCCCAUCUACACACCUCUUUUCAGCUGAAACUCAAAAUAAACAGACCGCUAUUGAAACCAUGUUUAUACCCAUUUGAUAAAGUCUUGUGGCAAAGGAGUGAAGAAUUGGAUCAUAUGCUGUGUCUGGGUCUCAAGCUGUCAGAAUACGGAAGGAAACCAUCUUUAAUCAAGAGAAUGGAGAGGAAAAUGUGACCAUGAUGUUUGAAAGUGUGUGUGUGUGUGUGUGUGUGUGUGUGUGUACGUUCAUGUAUACAGAUGUUUAUUUGUGUGUGGUUUACAAAGACUUUUUGUAGGUUACAAACUGGUAAUUACAAGGGUAUUAUGCUAUAAAUGUGAUUUAUGAGGACAUUUCUGGUGUCCCCAUAAUUCAAAUCCCUUUAAAAACAUACUAAAUGAUGUUUUUUUGAAAAUGUAAAAAUGCAGAAAGUUUUUUGUGAGGGUUAGGUUUAGGGGUAGGGUUAGGGGAUAGAAUCAAUAGUUCAUACAGUAUAAAAAUCAUGUCUAUGGAGAGUCCUCAUAAGGAUAGCAGCACCAACAUAUGUGUGUGUGUGUGUGUGUGUGUGUGUGUGUGUGAGUGAGAGAGAGAGAGAGAGAGAGAGAGAGAGAGAGAGCAAACUCAUUUGAGGUGUCUCCAGUUUGCUUUCCAACUAUGUUCAUUACUGUGAGUAUUUCUGUUAUUCAUGACACCUGGAUCUUUAAAAUUACCAAUAAAAAGACAU